CCCUUAUCUGAUCAUCUUCUUUGUUGCGAUCCUGUCUUAUCUUUACUUUCACCUGGCUGAAACCAAAAGCCGUGCCCUGACAGCACUUCGUAGCCAUGGGCUUCUUGAGUAAGCUCAAGCCACAGGCCGUGGAUCCUGUCGUUCCGGUACAGACGAACCCGGUUGAGGCAGAGCCCGAGAAAGGGCUUUUCGGACGACAGCCCAAUGUUACAGCACACGAGACGGACAGCGACGAUGAGGUCGUCGACAAGGAUGCGCAAGCCGGUGUGCAGAGGGCCGAGAUCAUGAACCAAGUGUUCUCCAAGAAGGUCGUGAUCAUGAUCUACGUGAUGAUCUGGUGCCUUUACUUCCUCGACGCCCUCGAGGGCACGAUGACUGGAACCCUGACCCCCUACGUGACCUCUUCAUUCCAGCUGCAUGGACUUACCGCCGCCACGAGCAUUAUGGCCAGUUUGAUCGGAGGUAUUUUCAAGCUGCCUUUGGCCAAGAUUAUCGACGUUUGGGGUCGUCCACAAGGUUACGCGUUGACGGUUCUUUCGAUGACCAUUGGCAUGAUCAUGAUGGCCGGUUGCAACAACGUGCAGACAUAUGCGGCUGCGGAAGUCUUCAACCAGCUCGGUGGUAAUGGCCGCUCCUACAUCUUGGGCAUUCUCGUGGCCGACACAUCCAGCUUGAAGAGCAGAGGUUUCUUCUUCGCCCUCAUCGCAUCACCGUACAUCAUCACCGUGUGGUGUGCUGGUCCAUUCGCCCAGACAUUCCUGAACAUCGACUGGAGAUGGGCAUUCGGCGCUUUCUCGAUCAUCACGCCAGUCACGAGUAUGCCGCUCUUCUUCGUCCUGAUGUACUACCAGAGGAAAGCGGAGAAGCUUGGCCUGAUCCAAAAGCGCGACAGCGGUCGCACAUUCAUGCAAAGCGUCAAGUACUACGUGAUCGAGUACGAUCUCCUGGGACUGUUGCUGCUUUGCGCUGGUUUGGCCCUCUUCCUGUUGCCAUUCAACCUCUACACCCGACAGGCACAAGGCUGGCGUUCUCCAAUGAUCAUCUGCAUGAUCGUAUUCGGCGGUAUCCUUCUCAUCGUCUUCGGUCUCUACGAGGCAUACGUGGCACCGGUCACUUGUGUCCCGUGGGUCUUGCUCAAGGACCGCACCGUUCUUGGAGCCAAUAUCCUGGCUGCCGUGCUUUUCAUCGAAUUCUACAUCUGGAACUCGUUCUUCUACUCCUUCCUCCAGGUUGUCGCAGGUUUGACAGUCACCCAAUCGACUUAUGUGAGCAACAUCUACAGCAUCGGAUCUUGUUUCUGGUCUUUCGUGGCAGGCAUCAUUCUGUACAAGACUGGAGGCUUCAAGUGGCAAUCUCUCCUGUUUGGUUUGCCAGUGACCACCCUCGGCGUCGGGCUCAUGAUUCACUUCAGGCAGCCGGGAGUUGAUGUCGGCUGGAUGAUCUUGUGCCAAAUUCUCAUCGCUUUCGGUGGAGGCACUCUUGUCAUCUGUGAGCAAGUUGCUGGUAUGGCGGCGACAACUCACAACUACGUUGCUAUCGUCCUCGCCAUACAAGGCAUGUCCUCGCAAAUCGGUGGCGCCAUUGGCCAAACUGUCGCUUCUGCGAUUUGGCAAGGCAACUUCCAGGAGAAGCUUUAUGAGUACCUGCCAGAGGAGACCUUGUCGAACUCGACUCUUGUUGCGCAGAUUUACGGAGAUAUCACCACCCAGCUGAGCUUUGAGAUUGGAUCCCCAACCCGCGACGGCAUUCAGCAGGCGUAUGGUGAAGCACAGCGUCUCAUGGCUGCAGCUGCCACAGGUAUCCUUGCUCUGGGCUUCGUCGCAGUUUUCAUGUGGCGGAACAUUGAUACCAGGCAACGGAAGCAGAUCAAGGGCGCAGUCUUUUAGGUUCUGCAGAAUUAGUCCUUCAGCAGAAUAAUCCAACAUAAUGUUAUACAGAUGCUCUCAUGCUCAUUCGCGCCCCACGUUCCAUUUGAAACAUCUCACCUUCGAAGCCUUCUAUCAGAAGCUGGAUCCGCCUGUGUGGUCUGCCUAGCCC